AUGGAUAGAGAAACUUUAAGUAGUUCAGAGUGGGAAGAAGAAUUGGAAACAGCAGCUGUAUUUGUGGUUUCAGACGGGCAAAUAAAAAAACCACCCGAUCAAUCUGGGUAAAUGAAAUCAAUAAAAAAGGGAACAAUUAGGCGAAUUCCAUCGUUUGUUUCGUGAAUUACGAAACGAACCAAAACGGUUUCACAUGUAUUUCCGGAUGACAAAAGAAGAAUUUGAUUAUUUGCAUGAACUUAUUAAACAAGACAUACAAAAGCAAAAUACUCAAUUUCGAAACAUGAUGUUCGCGAACUUUUUCAAUGAGAAGUUCAUCCAUAGUAAAAAUUUUUAA